AUGGAUUCGACGCCAUCGACGAGAAGCAGAAACCGCAGCCCCCGUGUGCCCCCAGCGUCGACCCAAAAUCGCACCGUCACCCAGCCUCCUGCUCUGAAUGGCUCCACUCAGGACUGGAUCGAACCGCCGCUCGCAUCUCCCAUCCCGAGUUUUGAAGACCAUGGAGGAGGUCCCUACGGAGUCCUCGAGGACAUGCAGGCCCUGGGCAGUCGACCGACAGCAAAGGUCAGAGGCAGAGUGAAGCCAGACGCUCCUAAGAAAAGCGCUCUGGGCAAAUCUCUCGCCAAUCCCGCCGCCACUGCAUCCAACCAGGCCACGCCAGAGCCAACCCCUGCACCCAUGGAACCCCUGCCCGAACAACCUCUGGUCAUUGUUGACGAUGAGCGUGAUGAUGAUUACACGCCACGCCCCUCCAAAAAGCCCGCCAAAGCUCGUCUCUCACGCUCAGCUGCCAAUACCGUCAAGGCCACUGCAUCACCAAAACCCACCACACCUUCGAUUGCAACCUCUGAGACUCCCGUGCCUUCUUCCGUUGCUACCCCCGCCGCCUCGGCCACACCGACUGCUGCCCCUAAGCCUAAGAGUCCUGUCCAGAUGGCUCGAGAAGCUGAGAUCGUUAGACAGCUCGAAUUGUUUGAUCAGGUCAUUCCACUGCCAUCGACAUCUGGACAACUAAAUCUAUUUAAUGUUGUGAAAGCUGCUGUCAGAAAAUCUAUCGAGGUUGGAAAUAAGUAUCUCGGUCUCGCUAUUCAGGAGGUCUAUCUCGAAAGUUUCUCCAAACCGUGGUUGGUAGAUUUGCUACAGGGCAUUCUCGACCAAACCUCAUCUCCACAAGAGAUUGCAGUUUUCAGAGAACACAUCUCCCAGGCCAAAAAGAAAAUCAAGGCUCGAGAAACUGCUGUAAAAAAGAAGAAGGUUACAAGUGAAGCCAAAAAAGAUCCCUCACUGGCCCCUGAAAUGGUUCCGCACCCUUCUAUUGAGACUCAAGCGGUUCCGCGAAAACUCAAGAUUUCACUGAAGAACUCAGGCAAGAAAGCAACGCAGAGCGUCACCAAGCCAGCCGAGACGCCAUCCCUUUCCCAACCCAUAACCAAGCCGCGCACCUCGAGUGUUUCUAGCUCUUCGUCUUUAUCUUCACUCACUAGCAUCGAGGAAGAAAUGCCCCUUGCUGAACCAUUGCUAUCCUCGGCGCCUGUAGCUACUCCAGCCAUGCUUGCGGCUCCUCCAGAGACAAACGGCGUCAAGCGCUCUUCAAUGGAAGCUGGAAAUGACGAAAAGGAUCAGGAGUUCCAAGCAAAGAAACAGAGACUCGACCAAACAGUCAAUCGCGAUGCUCCCACAGAAGAGAGCCACAUACGACCAGAUCUCCUGGCCAUGUCCAGCGCGCACCAGAAUCCGAUUGUGCCGCCCGUGCGACUCACCGCGAAUGGCGCUCACAACAGAGAUGUUCCAACUGGUGGGGUAUCGCCUCUAACCGACAUGUCUUCAUCGCUCUCGUCUGCAUCUCGCGACAAUACACCCAAGAGAGCUUCUAUGCCUGCCAAGAUGAUGAAAAAGAGGGCCAAAACUAAGCACUCGCCUGUCAAAAAGCAAGUGCCUGGGCAAAGUCCUGACGAGGACGGAAUAAGCCGGAGAACCAGCCCCAGCGGUCCUGAUGUGAACGAAGAGUCUGACAACAACGACUUCUGCACAGCUUGCAACACCAGCGGGUUUCUCCUUUGCUGUGACGGCUGCGACAGUUCGUUCCAUCUGCACUGUCUUGAUCCUCCUCUAAGCCAAAAUGCACCUGAGUUGAACGAGGCUUGGUAUUGUUUCGGCUGUACCGCAAAGCGCGCGCAGCCCCAGAGGCAGUCCCGUGGUCUCUUCGCUGCAUUGCUUCUCAACCUUGAAAAGCGUAAUCCAUCAAACUUUAUGCUCCCUCAGGACAUUCGCGAAUACUUUGAUGGUGUCGCAACUGCUAAAGACGGCAAGUUCGUAGAGCAACUUGCCACAAAGACUCGAAGAGGAGUCGGAUACGAAGAGCUGCCUGAUCAUUUCAAGACAAAGGAUGCCAAAGGGCAAGCUAUCCUAUGCUACAACUGUUCGCUCUCGUCUCUUGGUCGGCGUGAGAUCAUCACUUGCGAUCAGUGUAGCGCUCAUUGGCACCUCGACUGUCUCGACCCGCCUCUUGCGAAUGCUCCCUAUCGUGACCAUACUGGCAGAAAGAUUCGCGACUGGCUCUGCCCCCUUCACGCUGAUCAUGUGCUUCGCCAGAUGGAAGUGCCUCGUCUGGCUGACAGACAAUUCCAAAGAGAGCGAAGAGUGAACAUGCGCAGACCUCGUGCUGCAAAGGUCGUUGAAACUGCUCUCAGCCGCGGCUUCAUUAACGAUGGCGUGAUCGAAAUAGCCAAUGACUCAAGCGAGGACGAGUCUGAGUUCGAGGAGAUCGAAGUCGCUAGUACUGUGUAUCGUCUUCCUGAGAAGGGCAUCAAGCUCGAUUUCAUUGACAGAGUCAGACGAACUCGAGCCGCCGAACAGUACUACAAUGAUCGCCAGACAUACCCCCCUCCCAGCAAGAGAAUCAAGGUCGAAGACCACAACGAAAAGGACAGCUUCUUCCGUCGCUCUUUUGCAGAGCAGCGCACUGCACUCGAUUUGGUUGGUCUUGCCAAUCAGCAAGCCGACCUUGACUUCAACGGAGAUCAAGUCAGCAGCUUGCUCACUACUCUCAUUGCCGAAGCGCCAGCCGAUGUGGUUGAGCAGAUGAUUGAAGCGGAAAAGGCGGCCAAAUCGUCCUCUGACACAACGGGUCCACCCUCGCCUCCGGCAUCAGACCAGCAUACAGAGCAAAGCGUAGCACAACAGCGCAAGAGUCUGGAGCUACUUCAGAUGCUCAUCGCACGAAAGCUUGCUACCUUGCCAGAUCAGUGA